GGCGGCAUCGGCAUCAUGGCGGCCGACGCGGUGGCCUCUCGCCUGGCGCGGCAGGAGCAGGACAUCUGCUGGCUGACUGCGGAGAUCGGGCUCCUAAAGGAGCAGCAGCAGCCGCAGCCCGGGCCCGAGACGGGGCCGGGGCCCUGGCCUUGGCCACGCUGGGCCUGCAGCCCCAGCCCGGAGCUCGAGCGCCUGCGAGGCGAGAACGAGAAGCUGCGCUACCGGCUCCAGCACCUGCGGCGCAGCCUGAAGGCCGAGCUGGGCCGGCAGCCCGAGCAGCCCCAAGGGGCGGCAGGAGCCCAGCUUCCUUCCACCACAAACCAAAAAGAUGUUCAAAAUAAAAAUAAAAAGGAGAAGAAAAAAGAAAAUGAAAUUGUAAAUGGCCUGAAGAGUGAGUUAUGUAGUGGGCCAGACUUCAUAGAAGAUAGACUGACGCUUUAUGAAACAUUGAAGAGAGAGCAUGACACCUUGCUUGCCCAUAGAGCAGCAAACGAGAGCAAAUUGAUCAAAAUAAUGCUGAUUGAUGGAAAAAUAGUUGAAGGGGAGUCUUGGAAAACAACACCGUAUCAAGUGGCUGCUGGAAUUAGUCAAGGACUGGCUGAUAACACAGUAAUAGCCAAAGUAAAUGGUGAAUUGUGGGAUUUGGAUCGUCCAUUGGAAGAAGAUUCUACAAUAGAGUUACUUAGGUUUGAUAAUGAGGAAGCUCAGGCUGUAUACUGGCAUUCUAGUGCUCAUAUUCUUGGAGAAGCUAUGGAAAGUUAUUAUGGAGGCUGCUUGUGCUAUGGUCCACCUAUUGAAAAUGGAUUUUAUUAUGACAUGUACAUUGAAGACAGAGGAGUGUCCAGUACAGAAUUUCCAAUAUUAGAGAAUAUGUGUAAAACUAUCAUGAAAGAGAAGCAACCUUUUGAAAGGUUAGAAAUCAGCAAAGAAAUCCUUCUGGACAUGUUUAAGUACAAUAAAUUUAAAUGCCGAAUCCUGAAUGAGAAGGUUGAUACCCCAACUACCACAGUAUACAGAUGUGGUCCACUGAUUGACCUUUGUAGAGGUCCACAUGUAAGACACACUGGAAAAAUUAAAGCCAUAAAAAUAUUUAAGAAUUCCUCAACCUAUUGGGAAGGAAAGGCUGACAUGGAGACUUUGCAAAGGAUCUAUGGAAUAUCUUUUCCUGAUAAUAAGAUGAUGAAAACUUGGGAAAAGUUCCAAGAGGAAGCAAAAAACAGAGAUCAUAGGAAAAUUGGAAAGGAACAGGAACUUUUCUUUUUUCAUGAUCUGAGCCCGGGCAGCUGUUUUUUCCUUCCAAGAGGAGCUUUUAUCUAUAAUACACUCGUGAACUUCAUAAAAGAGGAAUAUCAUCAGCGUAAUUUUACAGAAGUGGUGUCUCCUAAUGUCUACAAUUGUAAACUCUGGGAAACAUCAGGUCACUGGCAGCAUUAUAGUGAAAACAUGUUUUCAUUUGAUGUUGAGAAGGAGACGUUUGCACUUAAACCCAUGAACUGUCCAGGACACUGUCUGAUGUUUGCUCAUCGUCCACGUUCCUGGAGGGAAAUGCCUAUCAGAAUAGCUGAUUUUGGAGUUCUUCAUCGGAAUGAGCUGUCUGGAACUUUAAGUGGUUUAACACGUGUCAGACGAUUCCAACAGGAUGAUGCGCACAUCUUCUGCAUGAUGGAGCAAAUUGAAGAAGAAAUGAAGGGAUGCUUAGAGUUUUUACAAUCAGUUUAUACAGUAUUUGGAUUUUCCUUUCAAUUAAAUUUUUCUACACGGCCUGAAAACUUCCUAGGAGAAAUUGAAAUAUGGGACCAAGCUGAAAAGCAACUUCAAAACAGCUUAAAUGAAUUUGGAGAGCCAUGGAAAUUAAACCCAGGAGAUGGAGCAUUUUAUGGACCAAAAAUUGAUAUAAAAAUCAAAGAUGCCAUUGGCAGGUACCACCAGUGUGGCACUAUUCAGCUUGAUUUCCAACUACCCAUCAGAUUUAACCUUACAUAUGUUAGUAAGGAUGGUGAUGAUAAGACAAGGCCAGUGAUCAUUCACCGAGCUAUUCUGGGAUCUGUAGAGAGAAUGAUAGCCAUUCUUUCAGAAAACUAUGGAGGAAAAUGGCCUUUCUGGCUGUCUCCACGUCAAGUAAUGGUAAUCCCUAUAGGGCCAACUUGUGAAGAAUAUGCACUUCAGAUAUCCAAGGAAUUUUUUGAAGCCGGGUUCAUGGCUGAUGUUGAUCUAGAUCAAAGCUGCAUGCUAAAUAAGAAAAUACGAAAUGCACAACUGGCCCAGUAUAAUUUUAUUUUAGUGGUUGGAGAAAAAGAAAAAAUAAAUAACGCUGUAAAUGUUCGAACAAGAGACAACAAAAUUCAUGGAGAGGCUUCCGUAGCUUCCACCAUUACUAAACUGAAGAAACUAAAGGAGUCACGUACGUUAAAUGCAGAGGAAGAAUUUUGAAGUUCCUGUCUUCCACUGGCCAACCUUCAGGCAUUAAGAACUAAGAUUUGAAAAUGGAAUUAUUUCCCUAGCUUCCUGAAAUUUUACUUACUGCUUUGGACUCACUGACAGCAAGGCAUAGGCAGAAAGGAAAAUGUGUGUUUGUUAGAUGAAGGAAUUUGUUUUACUGAAAAGGGAAAAUAAUGGCAAAUGUAUAUUUAGUGAUGUUACUAAGGGUGGUUUAAGCUUUUCAAAAGACUGAUGAACUUGAAAUAAAAGCCUGUGAAGCUUUGGUGUAUGCAAAGACAAUCUUAUUUUAUUUUGCAAUGACAAUAUUAUGUCUUAGAUAUUUUAUGUUUGUUGACCUAUAGGGAAAACUUUUUCUUCGGAAUUCAGCAAAUAAUUCAUGCAGCAAAUAUUUAGGACCUUUUUUUGUAGACACUACACACAAGUUUAAAAAAAAAGGAAUCUGAAUGAGUCUUGAAUUCUCCAUUAUUUACUUUGGAUAACAGAGGACUUCAGAGUAGAGUAUGGAGGAAUAUAUAUUGCUAUUAUCCAUAUUGUAUGCAUUAGAGAUCUGCAAUUCUCAUGUUUUUGGGUAUCUUUUACAACUUAGUUAACUCCCUUUUUAAAAAAAAUGAAAAUAAGAUAGCAUUACAUUUUAAAUUAUUUUAUUAAGCACCAUAGUAAAUGCUCCAAAAUAUUUUCUCAAUCAAAUUAUAUCUUUGACUAAAUGACAGUCUUCUUACAAUUUUCUUUUGCAAUAAACUUGUAGAAAAAUAAGCCGAUUUCAGAAUUGAAGAGGACAAACCCAGGUACCUAAUUUUCCAUGAACAGGACUAGCUCUAGGCAAAAUAAAAAAUUCAUCAAUCAAUAUGUCUACAAUCCUAGAUGUGGGAUACAAAAGAAGUAAUACAUAUUCUCAACCCACAAAGAGUUUGCAGUUUUAUUGGGAAGAUAAACUAUAACAUUCAUGAAAGUUUUAACAAGAAGCUAAUUAUGUGGAAUAGAAAAUAAGGUCAAAGUGAGUUAGAGAAAAUAGGCUAGAGUUCUCUUGGGAUACUUUUCAGUAGUGUUGGAGCUUGGGCUGGAUAUUGGGAACUAAAUUGCAUUUUGGAUUAAUAGGACUAGGGAGAAUCCUAGGAUAGAGGAAUGACAUAAUCUGUGAGGAGAAAGUAUAAUAAGCUUCCUAAAUAUAGCAGAGAAUGUUGAUGUUUAGGAGUAAGCAGAAAUCUAUCUGGAUAGGUAGGGUGGCACCAGAUUAAAAGGGCACAGGGAAAUUGAUGCAAAGGAGUUCAUAUCUUCAGGAGUCAGUACUUUAACUCCAAAGUAUCAUAUUAUUGGUAGGAAUUUCUGGUAUUAUGGUACACCUGAAGGAUGUUGGGAUGGCUGUUAUAUGCAUGUACUAAGAGGUACUAUGGUACAGCCUUUUAAUUUCUUGAUGUUUAACACUCUUUGAAUUAACUAUAGAUGAAGGCUAUAAGCUUUUAAGAAAAGAUUUAGAACAAUUUAUGCCAAAUGUCAUUUUGAAAGUCUGCUUUUCCCUUGCCUGUUAUUAUCAUCCUUAUCACUUCAUUUAUAUAGUAGUAGUAUCAUAGGACUAUAGCUUUAGGGUUUGAAGGGAAUUAGCCCUCCUAAAUUUUUUAGAUGAGAAAAAUAAGGCCCAGAAGCUAAUCGACUUGCCCAAGAUCCCCUUGGCACUCAAUGAAAGAGUGAGAACUCAAACAAAAAUUCAGUGCCCUUGAGACUACAUUUAUAGGAUGGGAGAGACUUUUGGUCCUGUUUCAAGUUACUCCACAAAUUAGCUGCUUACUUUGGAGAUGCAUGGGAUCAGUUCUUCUGUGCCCAUCCUAAUCAAUAGAGUCAAUCCAGGGCAAAAUUGUGAAGUCAAUAGAAUUUGUAUUUGUUACCCUACCCUUCUUUUUUCUUAUUCUUUCUUCUGCAGUGGGACCUCCUUUCUCUAUCAACUCAGGGACCUAUAGGUCCCUCUUAUUCUUUCCUCAAAUAAAAUUUAAAAAUAUAUAUAUUUCCCCAUAAUCUUGAAAAUCUGCUCUCAGGGAAUGCUCUGUCAAGUCACAUCAUACUAUGAUUUUUAAGUCAAUGUGUUACCUAUCCUGGGGUAUAUCAAGUAUGCUUUCGUGUUUAGGCAUGUAUCUAAUUGUAAAAUGAAAGGUUUUCCACAGGAUAAAGAAUAUUCAUUGGUUUUCUCAGUCAAAAAGAACUUGGUUUGAAGCCACAUCCUUAUUACCUGAGUGAUGCCAAGAAAGCCACAAGUUCAUGUAGUUCAUUCAUUUACGGGGAGAAGAAGACCAAAGAGAUCUAGUCCAAUCCUCUCAUUUCAAAGCUAGGAUUCAAAUCUAGUUUGUUUUAUCAAUGAAAUUCAUCUGUAAUCCUAUGAUACUACUACAAAUUAUUGUAUCACAGAGCUAGAAUUGAAAAAGACCUCAGAAGCCAACUAGUUCAAUGACUCCUCAUUGUAUUUGAGGAAAAUGAAGUUAAAUAGCUCCUUUAGGGUCACAGGUAGAAUUUGAACCCAUGUCCUCUGACUCCUGAACAAGUAGUACACUUUCGACUGUAUCUUGCCAAUCUCACAGGUUUUAGUAUCCUUCCACCUCAAUUACCCUUGUACUAUACUUGUUUAUAUGUUGUAGCCUCUUAAUAGAAUGUAAGCUCUUGAGGGCAGAACCUAUUUCAUUUUUGUCUUUGUAUACCACCACCUAUCAGUGCCUUGUAUGCAGUACGGUUUUAAUAAAUGUUUACUGAAUUGAACUGAA